AGGCUGGGUUUGGGUUCACUUCAGAUCAACUGUAUAGGACUAUAUUGGGCAAUGUGGGCCGGCAUGAGGACAAUACCGCCUUGAAUGUUCUGAAGAGAAUUUGACCACGAUGGACGAUCUCUCUCCUGGAAAAGAUCGCACGGUACUUCUACUCCCCUUCACCCCUGCAAUCCUGAACCAACCCGAUGUCCUCUUACCCAUCAUCCACGAUGUUCUCACUCGAACACUGUCCAAACAUUUCACAGUCAUCUUUUCCACCCCGUACCUCCCAUUUGAUCUGGAGACAGCCUCUUCAUUCACUAUCGACUCGCAUCAGCAACUAUUCAACGUGCUCAAGUUGAAUCCCGAUGCCAAUUUUGGUGUCUUUCAAGCCUUCCUGGGCAAGGUAUACAGCGCGCUCGUAGCUGCCCAGUGGAGCUGUGAGCGGGUCUCGAUGGAUGUGGAGGUACUCUUUGAGGGAGAGCUUGGAGAUCUCAUGCUCGACGUUGAGAAUACCCAGGUCGUCAAGCUUCAAGAUUUUGAUUACUUGCCGGUCCAUGCUCACCUGCCGACGAAUGCUGUCAUACUGAAAACAUCCAUGGACCUACCUAAUGGGGUUCCCAGCCUCCAUCCACCUGCAGCGUCUUCACACCAGACAGUAGCCCUUGGAGGGACCUUUGAUCACCUUCACGCUGCUCACAAGCUUCUUCUCCAGCUGGCCACUUUCCUAUCUUCCACUCGACUCAUCGUUGGGGUCAUGGCCGAUUCGAAGCUUUCUUCAAAGUCCAAUGCCGAUCUCAUUCAGCCGAUCGAUGAACGAAUAACAGUGAUUGAGACAUUUCUUUCCAGACUUGGGCUGGUGCGCAAAGCGGAUCCGGACAGGGUCCAAAAGGAAGGGCACCGGGUCAUCAUGGACGUGGUGGAGAUUGAAGAUCCAUUCGGACCUACAGCGUGGGAUAGGGAUAUCCAGAUCUUGCUCGUCAGUCAAGAGACAGUCAGUGGAGGCAAGAUGGUCAAUGAUCUGAGGAAGGGCAAGCAGUUACCAGAACUCAAAGUCUACAUCGUCGAUGUCAUCUCCUCAGAGCAUCACGCCGGGAGGCGGGACCUGAGCAAAGUGGAAGAUGAGGCAGUGUUGAAAGAGCUUAAAAUGGGAAGUACGGGUAUUCGUCAGUGGAUCAAGGAUCAUCCAGAGAUGUAAUGUGCCAAGGGCACGGUUGUGAAUGCAUGCAUGAUAUU